AUGAACGGAGAAUCCAUAAGAGGUUGUGCUUUGUUCGCCGAAGAAGGCGGCGGCCUCCCUCGCACCUCCAGCUUCUCCGCCCUCCUGCACUCUGACCCUCUCAUCAAGUCCGCGAGCGAGGAGGAUUUCCACGGCCGAACCAGCAGCCCUUCCCCAGCCAACCCUGGCUAUUUCUCCGACCACAGUUCCCACACCGACGACCAGCCCUCUUCCGCCGACAGCUCCCCCUUACAGAUGUCCCCUUGGAACCACCAACCCGACUCCGACCCAUUUUUCGACCCCGCCAAUGCUCCUCCUCCGCCCCCUACCGACCUCUUCCAGGCUGCCGGCUCCGGCCUCGUCGCCUCCCUCGUCCGCGAGGAGGACCACAUUUACUCCCUCGCUGCUGUCGGCGACCUCCUCUACACUGGCUCCGACAGCAAGAACAUCCGCGUGUGGAAGAACCAAAAGGAGUUCUCCGGCUUCAAGGCCGCAAGCGGCUUCGUGAAGGCCAUCGUCAUCUCCAACGACCACUGCGUCUUCACCGGCCACCAGGAUGGCAAGGUUCGCCUUUGGAAGGCUUCCCCGAAGGACCCGCGUAUUCACAAACACGUCGGGACACUCCCGCGCUUCAAGGACUUGAUCAAGUGCUCCUUCAACCCCAGUAACUACGUGGAGGCCGCCCACAAGCGCCACCACCACCGCUCUUCCGCCCUUUGGAUUCGCCAUCAUGAUGCCGUGUCCUGCCUCUGCCUCAGCGAGGAUCAAUCCCUAAUUUAUUCCGGCUCUUGGGACCGCACGCUCAAAGUGUGGCGCGUCGAGGACAUGCGUUGCGUCGAGUCGAUCAACGCCCACGAUGACGCGAUCAACGCCGUCGCCCUGGGGUUUGACAACAUGGUCUUGACUGGAUCGGCUGACGGCACGGUGAAGGUGUGGAAGCCAGAGCAACUGCCGAAGCCGCCGAUGGGAAACAAGAAGGGGAACGGGAAGAAACCAGCAGCUGCCUUUCUAACCAGGCAUGAGCCGUAUGCGACACUCGUGCGGCAGGACAUGGCGAUAACGGCGCUGGUGGUCAACUCUGCGGCGGGAAUGGUGUAUGCGGGAUCAUCGGACGGCGGCGUCAGCUGGUGGGACCAUAGAGGUGUGGGCGGCGAUGCAGGGAGCGGAGGUGUGAUCCGAGGGCACAAGGUGGCGGUGCUGUGCCUAGCGGCGGCAGGGAGCCUGGUGUUUAGCGGUUCCGCCGACAAGACAUUGUGCGUGUGGCGGCGAGAGGCAGGCGGCGUCCACGUGUGCCUGUCAGUGUUGACGGGGCACACAGGGCCCGUGAAGUGCUUGGCGGUGGAGGCAAACCAAGAAAAAAGCAAGUCAAACGGGAGGUGGGUGGUGUACUCGGGGAGUCUGGAUAAGUCAGUGAAGGUGUGGAAGAUCGCCGAUAACGCCGAUUCGGACUGUAGAUGUUCGGCGGCGACACCACACUGGGACUUGGAGACUACUUUGCCCUGCCAACAGACGCCUAACUACGACAUGUAUUGA